AUGAUGAUCGAGGUAGAAGAAGACUGGCGCACUCCGUUCAUAGCCUUGAUCACCGACCAAAUGGUGCUAGAAGACAAGAUCGAACAUGAAAAAUUAGCUCAGCGCAGCGCAAACUACAUCGUCAUCGGCAAGGAGCUCUACAAAAAGGCCGCAUCCACAGGCAUCCUGAUGAAAUGCAUUCCUCGCAACGAGGGCAUCAACCUCCUUCACGAGAUCCACUCUGAAACAUGUGGGAACCAAGUUGCCUCGGGCACCUUGGUCAGCAAGGCAUUCCGCUCCGCUUUCUAUUGGCCAACAGCGGUAGCUGAUGCAAAGGAGCUCAUCCAAAGGUGCAAAGGGUGUUAA